GGCAAAAAGGACGUUUCCCAGAUAUUUAACAACAUCUUGAGAAGACAAAUUGGCACUCGCAGCCCUACUGUGGAAUACAUUAGUGCCCAUCCACAUAUCCUGUUCAUGCUUCUGAAAGGAUAUGAAUCCCCAAAUAUUGCCUUACGCUGCGGAAUUAUGCUGAGAGAGUGUAUCCGGCAUGAACCCUUGGCCAAAAUCAUACUUUUUUCGGAACAGUUCAGAGACUUUUUUAAAUAUGUGGAGUUGUCAACGUUUGAUAUAGCUUCUGAUGCCUUUGCUACAUUCAAGGACCUGUUAACGCGACACAAGUUGUUGGUAGCAGAAUUUCUGGAACAAAAUUAUGAUGUGAUCUUCGAGGAUUAUGAAAAACUCCUUCAUUCUGAGAAUUAUGUAACAAAGAGGCAAUCUUUGAAGCUGCUGGGUGAAUUGAUUCUGGACCGACACAACUUUGCCAUCAUGACAAAAUACAUCAGCAAACCAGAAAAUCUGAAGCUGAUGAUGAACUUGCUGCGAGAUAAAAGCCCCAACAUUCAGUUUGAAGCAUUCCACGUGUUCAAGGUUUUUGUGGCCAGUCCAAACAAAACACAGCCCAUUGUGGAGAUCCUGUUGAAAAACCAACCCAAGCUAAUUGAGUUUCUGAGCAAUUUCCAGAAAGAGAGGACGGAUGAUGAGCAAUUCACUGAUGAGAAGAACUACCUGAUUAAGCAGAUCCGAGACUUGAAAAAGCCAACGGCGUGAAGAACUCCUCUUGUUUUCCAGUGUAGGCAUUACUCUUUCGUUAAGUUCCUCUGUGUCACCACAAUAGUGCUUGAGAAGGCACAGCAAGUGCCUGGUUUUUAUUUUGUCUUUGUUCCUAGAUGUUAAGAGUAGAGGGGUUUUACAUGAAAACUAAAAAAAAAACCAACCAACAAACAAAAAUCUAGAAUAAUAUAUUAUUUUUAAUCAAGACUAUAAUUAUUUAUGUCAGUUUAGAAUCUCGCUGUAAUAGAAGCUGGUUUGACAGAUUUUUAUUUGUACUCAAGAAGAAUGAACCUCUUUGCUUAACUUUAUCAGUAAACUCAAGCUGUUGGUGAGUGCACAGAGUAGGUCUUCUGAGGACUGUAACGUUGUUCCUUUGCACCUGUACUUGUGACUUUGUUCUAGUGCUGCACACACGCAAGACUGUGAAAGAGCACGUUCGUCUCUGGAGUUGGCUGCACUUCUAGAUCGGCUUCUGUAGCUGAAACAGUGGGAGAUGAAAAAGCAGUAAAGGUCACGUUUUCGCUUUAUCUUUGCGUUCUUUC